GACUCUUAUAAGGAGCUUUGAGAUGUUGAGCUCAGUUUCCCUCCUGGUCCCGAACUUUGGAUUUGAGUUCCAGCACAGAGAGCGAGCGACAGAGAGAGAGAGAGAGAAAGAGAGAGACAGGCGGACCCUCUACUUCUUCUUCUCCUCCUCUCAAACUUUCCAGGCUAACGCUCUCUCACCAUGGGCGACUGGAGCGCCCUGGGUCGUCUGCUGGACAAAGUCCAGGCGUACUCCACAGCCGGGGGGAAGGUGUGGCUGUCGGUCCUCUUCAUCUUCAGGAUCCUGGUCCUGGGUACGGCGGUGGAGUCGGCGUGGGGAGACGAGCAGUCGGCCUUCAAAUGCAACACGCAGCAGCCGGGCUGCGAGAACGUCUGCUACGACAAAUCCUUCCCCAUCUCUCAUGUCCGCUUCUGGGUGCUGCAGAUCAUCUUCGUGUCCACACCCACCCUGCUCUACCUGGCUCACGUCUUCUACCUGAACAGGAAGGAGCAGAAGUUCAACAGGAAGGAGGAGGAGCUCAAAGCGGUGCAGAACGACGGCGGUGACGUGGACAUCCCGUUGAAGAAGCUGGAGAUGAAAAAGUUUAAGUACGGCAUCGAGGAGCACGGCAAAGUGAAGAUGAAGGGCGCUCUGCUCAGAACAUACAUCUUCAGCAUCUUCUUCAAGUCCAUGUUCGAGGUGGGCUUCCUGGUCAUCCAGUGGUACAUCUACGGCUUCAGCCUGUCGGCGGUGUACACGUGCGAGCGGGACCCGUGCCCCCACAGGGUGGACUGCUUCCUGUCCCGGCCCACAGAGAAGACGGUCUUCAUCAUCUUCAUGCUGGUGGUGUCUCUGGUGUCUCUGCUGCUCAACGUCAUCGAGCUCUUCUAUGUCUUCUUCAAGAGGAUCAAAGACCGCGUCAAGGGCAAGCAGCCGCCCACGCUCUACCCCAGCGCGGGCACAUUAAGCCCGACCCCUAAAGACUUGUCUGCUGCCAAGUACGCCUUCUACAACGGCUGCUCCUCCCCCACCGCCCCGCUCUCCCCCAUGUCCCCCCCGGGCUACAAGCUGGCCACAGGGGAGCGAGGAACCGGCUCGUGUCGUAACUACAACAAGCAGGCCACCGAGCAGAACUGGGCCAACUACUCCACCGAGCAGAACCGGCUGGGCCAGACCGGCGGCGGGAGCACCAUUUCAAACUCCCAUGCACAGGCCUUCGACUUCCCCGAUGACACCGUGGAGCACAAGAAACUGUCCUCGUCUGCGGGACAUGAGCUGCAGCCUCUGGCGCUGAUGGACCCUCGGCCCUGCAGCCGGGCCAGCAGCCGCAUGAGCAGCCGAGCCAGACCAGACGACCUGGACGUGUGAGUCCCACGUGGCCUCCUCGUCCUCCGCCUGCCUGCAGCCCGAGGAUCACUUGUUAAAGGGGCAGGGGCUAACCUCGAUCACUGUCAGCGUAGAGACUCUUAGUGGAUCAAAGAGACAUUAAAACCUGUAACACUGUCAAAGGUACAAGCUGCAGAUAUCUGUUCAAUGACUUUCAAUUUAGUUGAGUCACUCACAGACACAGAGGGGAGGAGAGAGGACAGCGUUAGGUCAACAACAACAAUAACAACUACAACAACAAUCUGGUUCAGUCUCCAUUAAAAAAAAAAAGAAUUUUCUUCUUACUCUCUUAUAUUUUCCUUCUUGCUUCUGGAGACAACAUCUGUCAGAGCUCAGAUCUUGAGGUGCGUGUGUGUGUGUGUGUGUGUGUGUGUGUCACAUGGAAACAGGGUGCCUUCUCCUUCUGUGUCUCUUUGAAUAUCGGAGCAGAUCAAAUGUGCCUUCUCACCUGAUGCUUGUUCACACACACUCCUCUGUGUGACUGUUGAUCACUGAGCAUUGUGCCUUUACAGUAAACUAACAUGUUCAAGAAGUCUCAUCAGAGACAGGAAGUGAAGGCUGCAGCAGAGACAGGAAGUGACGGCUGCACACUUCCCUGUGGGAGAACCAAUCAAAGCUCCUUUCCCCCUGACACACUAAGAAAAGCUUUCCUAAGUAUCUGACAACGUUACCCAUGUUAGAGUCAAAUCAUUAUUGUUAACAAGCUUCCAGACUUCAAUGACAAAAACAACAAUUUAAACUCACAGAGCAUCAAGAAGAACUGCUGCCUUCAUGUCUCACUUAGUUCAUGUCUGUAUGACACUCGUUUCAGUCGGUUUGCUCUGAUAGGACACAACAAGACUUCAAACUUCCCCGUUUAGAGCAGCAUGUCCUGUGAGUUUAAAUCUGUGUUUGUAGCGUGCUGUGUUUGUAGAGAGUGAUGUAACAGCUGUUUGUGGUUCAAAACAAAAAGCUCUCUCUCUGCAGGGAUCCUUUCUGUAAUGUUGUCACACACUUAGAAUAAUAAUAAAUUAGACUUAUAUAGAAUAACAACCGGAGCCUGUCAGGGACAAAAACAACAACAACCGUCUUUGUAAAUAAGAAUUUGUUCUUAAUGACCUGCCUGGUUAAAUAAAGGUCAAAUCAAAUAAAAACAACAACUUUGUUGCAGACAUUACAACCUGUUUACCUGUUGCAGGAUGAAGAAAUCUAUUGGUGACAUUGUUGUACCUAUAAGUCAUUAGGACCCUCAGAUAAGGCCCAGGAUGUUAAAUACUAGAGCAUGUCUAAAACUUUGUGUCUCAUGGAUGAAAUUAACAAAUGAAGCCGGCUGUCAAGGAGAGCUGAAGAUGUUUGGGUGUAAAGACAGUUGGAUGGAGUCGGGCCACAUGUAAAGUUUGUCUAAUAAAGUAGGGAUGUUACCGGUGACUCAAAAAUAGAAUUUAAACAACUGAAAACCAGACUAGAUAACUUGUCUAAAGGUAUUACAUUUGUUUAACAUCUUGCACAAUUUUCAAACUGUCUGUGGAUAAACGAGUGAGGCUAACGUUAGCAUUGCUAGCAUAGCCAGCCUUCAGUCCUCCGUGCAGGUUAACGUCCACAUGUCUGAGCUGAAUGUGGUCACUCAUCACUAUGGUCCAUAUUGCAGUUCAACCUGACACAGCCGACAUACAACUUUAUCUCCAUUUUAUAAAUCUUUAUACUGAUGACAAACCGCUCUGCGCCUACAACAUGCUAUCUGUUCACUGUGCUUGUUUACAUCCAGGUAGUAGAGCGAGGAGGGUAGGCUCAUUAACCGGAGCUACAGACAGUCUAUGGCUACAGCCCCGACUAGUGGAGGAAGGCUAUGUGGCAGCUUGAACACAACAUUUGACCAGCAUGGAGGGCCAACAUGUCAAAAUAUGAAUCAUUGGUUUAACUGAUGAGUCAUUCUGGUGCACACUAGUGAGGGUGAUGACGUUGACUGAACGCACACAUCUCUGUGUUAACACUGCAUUUUCUUUAGUUUUCACUUCAUUAUGAUCGGAUCCCAGCUCUCUGUUUUUAUUCUAAUCUGGGUCCCAAACAGAGACGGGCUGAACCUGGGAGAGUUUCUGGAGGUUCGUUGUAACAGUUGAGUAUUUAUUGCUUGGCUUAUGUGGGACUCGUACCACUAAGAGGAAGAACUGACUACUGUCCAAUAGAAACAUCCGACAUGAGCGCCCCACAAACUGUAUAUUUAUGAGCAGUUUUGUAAAAGUCAGUGAGGACUGUUGUUUCCUGGUAAACUUUGAAUUUAUGUGCUGUUAUGUUUCAAUUGGUGUAUUGUGUUUUUUGAGGGGGGGAUGUGUGUGUGGGUCCCCGUAAAGAAAGGCUUUAUUACUGUCAUUGAUUGGACAAGUGCGAUCUCUUUUUAUAUCUUGUCGGCGGUUAAGAAAAGCAGUCGAAUGAUUUCUGUUUCCAUAUUUGAGUGAAUGAUUCUUAGGAUGUUUGUCGGACUCGAUGUAAGCGUUGCUGCUUGAGAAAUAGAUAUUUAGUACUGUAAAUCAAGCUAACUGUGUCACGAUGAAAAUGUGAGUUUGUAGAAGACUGCGUAGAGAUCUGGACUAAUAUUUAGUCAGUUAUAUUAAUGCCAAUGUAGCUCCACAAAUACCAAACUUUAGGAUGAAACUCAAACUGGGCUUUUUUUUCUUUUUAUUGUACUUUUUUUAACUGUGCAUCACCUUGUCGGUACUUACACGGAUCUUUCAGCUACGAUGGCGUUUGCACUGAGAUCUCGGUGAUAGAGAUGUAAUAUGACGUUACUAAUUUAUUUUAUAACACACAAUCACUACAGUGCAGACUAUCGGACAUCUCACCACUGACAGAACAGACCAUGUUUUCCACCAGGAUCCACUGUUGUACAGUGUAAGUGCAUGAAAAGCAAAUCAACAACUCAAUCUUUGUAUCUGUGAAAAGAUAUUUUAACCAAUAAAUAUUUUCUCUCCUAACCAAUUCA